CGUGUGCGAGCGUGAAAAAAAUAACAGCCGGCAGCAGCGGCGGUAACAACAGCAGAGCGGCAGAAAACAGAAAAGAAACAGUUUUCGCAAUAAAAAUAAACGCGAGCCGAGAGCUGAAAAUCGUGCCCAGCAUUUUCGCUUCAAGUUUGGUUACCAUUCUGUCAUCAUGUUUAAUUAACGACUAAAGCGUUUUGGCCUUAGGUGUUGCUUUUAUCAAAAGAAACCCCCGCCACCGUCGUUCUCCUUUUAAAACCGUCGCGUGUUUUUCCGCUUAGAUUAAAAUACUUGAAAUUCCGAUUUCAUUUUGGUACUCUAUAAAGAACCCUGUCGAAAUGCAGAAACUAUUCAGACGAUUGAUGGACCACCAAUAUCUGACGCGGGACCAGAUCAAUGGAUUCGACAACUACAAGUACAGUGCCAUUGAUACCUCGCCGCUGAGUCAAUAUGUGAUGCAUCCCUUUUGGGACUGGCUAGUCAAGUUCUUCCCGCGCUGGUUUGCACCCAACCUGAUGACCUUCCUGGGCUUCCUGUUCAGCGCCAUGAACUUGGUGCUGCUCUCGUACUAUGACUGGAACUUCGAGGCCAGUUCCGGGGAGGAGGGUACUACGCCAAUUCCCUCAUGGGUCUGGCUGUGCACCGGCAUCAAUAUCUUUGUGGCCUACACGCUGGAUGGGAUUGAUGGCAAACAGGCACGUCGAAUUGGCUUGUCUGGCCCGCUGGGGGAGCUCUUCGAUCACGGAUUGGAUUCAUACACCGCCAUGCUGAUACCCACGUGCUUGUACAGCAUUUUUGGCAGAAGCCGGGUGUAUUCUGUGCGGCCAAUGAGGAUGUACUAUGUCUGCCUGACAGUGUACUUUAACUUCUUCGUUUCCCACUGGGAAAAAUACAACACCGGCAUUUUAUAUCUGCCUUGGGGCUACGAUCUCAGUAUGUGGGGCAGCACGGCCAUGUACCUGGUCACCUGGUAUAUGGGCUUCGAACGCUGGAAGUUUGAGCUGCCACUGGGAUCCUAUGGAACCCUGCCUUUGGGCAACGUCAUGGAGGCGGUGCUGCAUGUCAGUGCUAUGGCGAAUCUUCCACUAGUCAUCCUUAAUGUUUACAAUUCAUAUGCGCAUCGCACUGGACGCCUGCUGCCCUUUUGGGAGGCUAUUCGGCCGAUGUGGCCCUUCCUCACCUACUUCGUCAUCCUGCUGGUCUGGCCAUAUGUCUCGCCAAACGAUAUCAUGGAAAAGGAUCCACGCGCCAUAUUCAUGCUCAGCGGCACCAUAUUCUCCAAUGUCAGCUGCCGUUUGAUUGUCUCUCAAAUGUCCGUGACGAGAUGUGAGGCGUUUCACUGGCAGACCCCCAUGUUUGUCAUUUCCUUCCUAUUCAGCCUGUGGUUGCCGCUGCUGGAGAGGCCUUUGCUGUACAUGCUCCUGAUUGUGACUACCUUAAGUCAUUGGCAAUAUGGAUCCAGCGUUGUUAACCAGAUGUGUAAGCACUUUAACCGGAUCUGUUUCACUGUCCACAAGCGUGUGCCGCAGGAGGAGCAUUCUAAAAAGGAGACUCUGCUGGCAGAGGAUAUCGGUCAGUCAGAAAAUCAAAACGAAGAGUUAUUGAAAAAAACGGAUUAGGGCAUCUGAUUGCGCGAUUAUUAUUUAGUUGCGAUUUAUUUUGCAAGUUUUUUGUGUAUCAAGGAGGCUGUUUAGUUAAACAAUUCUUGUGAGAUUAUGUAUAAUUUGUCUUAGUUAGAAUAUACUUAAAAAUGGACUUUAUCCUAGUGCUACAGUAAUAUUGGAGCUUGUUUCGGCAUAUUCCCAAUGACUAUUUACGUAAUGCUCUCUUCCAAUGAUAAUUUUUAAAUCCCAACUUGACGUUAUCUGUAUUGUAUUUAAACAUUGAUGACCCAUAAUAGAUCAAUUUUAUGAACAAGUAAGCAUGACAAGUGAUUUGAUCGGCUGCUAAGAUAUCAAAUAAGUAUUAGUUAAUAGGUUAUAAUAGAGGCCAGACAAGUUCCAGUCCAUGAACUCAAUUAUGCAAGAACAGUGCAGUUUACUACUACUUAUUGUAGCCUUUAGCUUCCCAAUUUUAUUGCAGUGGUUACGCAUAAUCCUUAAACUAAAACAAAAAUACCGCUCGCUUCCGCUGACCUUAAAAUGUCAAUCGAUAUUUCAAUGUUUUAUAUUCGUCUAGACAUAAUCGAAUAAUUUCCAUGCGUUAUGCUUAAUUUAUUUCCAUUGUAUUACUUUUAACUGUUCCAAAAAAAAAAAAAACAAAAAAUAUCAAAAACAAAUACACUCACCACAGCAACAUUUCUAACUAAAAUAACCGCAAAGACCUCUAAUUAUUUAAACACAUAAACAUAUUCAUUAUUUUUAAAGCAAACCCCAAUGUCAUUCAACUGAAAUGUGACGUCGUCCAUAGCGCCACUGCACGCUUUAUUGUAUUAAAUCUAUUCAUGUGCCCCCCGAAAACCGGGCUAUCUCGCCCCUUACCAUGUGUAAAAGUCAAGACAGUAUACAAAUAAAAAUAAAAUAUUUUAAAAUG